AUGGCCGCGCGCCCCGGGCCGCUCUGGCUCCUGGGCCUGGCUCUGUGCGCGCUGGGCGGCGGCCCCGGCCCGCGCCCCCCGCCCGGCUGUCCCCAGCGCCGCCUGGGAGCGCGCGAGCGCCGCGACAUGCAGCGCGAGAUCCUGGCGGUGCUCGGGCUGCCCGGGCGGCCCCGGCCCCGCGCGCCGCCCGCCGCCGCCCGCCUGCCCGCGUCCGCGCCGCUCUUCAUGCUGGACCUGUACCGCGCCAUGGCCGGCGACGACGACGACGACGCCGGGCCCCCUGAGCGGCGCCUGGGCCGCGCAGACCUGGUCAUGAGCUUCGUCAACAUGGUGGAGCGCGACCACGCCCUGGGCCGCCAGGAGCCCCACUGGAAGGAGUUUCUCUUCGACCUGACUCAGAUCCCAGCGGGGGAGGCGGUGACCGCUGCCGAGUUCCGGAUCUACAAGGAGCCCAGCACGCAGCUGGUCAACAGGACCCUGCACGUCAGCACGUUCCAGGUGGUCCAGGAGCACUCCAACAGGGAGUCUGACUUGUUCUUUUUGGAUCUUCAGACGCUCCAGGCUGGGGACGAGGGCUGGCUGGUGCUGGACGUCACGGCGGCCAGUGCCCGCUGGCUGUUGAGCCGUCACAAGGACCUGGGACUCCGCCUCUAUGUGGAGACGGAGGACGGGCUCAGCGUGGAUCCCGGCCGGGCCGGGCUGCUGGGGCAGCGGGCACCGCGCUCCCGCCGGCCAUUCAUGGUCACUUUCUUCAGGGCCAGCCCGAGCCCUGGACGCGCCCCUCGGGCCCUGAGGCCACUGAAGAGGAGGCAGCCGAAGAGAACCAACGAGCUGCCGCAGCCCAACAAGCUGCCGGGGAUCUUCGAUGCCGUCCACGGCUCCAACGGCCGGCAGGUGUGCCGUCGGCAGGAGCUCUACGUCAGCUUCCGGGACCUCGGCUGGCUGGACUGGGUCAUCGCCCCCCAAGGCUACUCGGCCUAUUACUGCGAGGGCGAGUGCUCCUUCCCGCUGGACUCCUGCAUGAACGCCACCAACCACGCCAUCCUGCAGUCCCUGGUGCACCUGAUGAAGCCAGACGCGGUCCCCAAGGCGUGCUGCGCGCCCACCAAGCUGAGCGCCACCUCCGUGCUCUACUACGACAGCAGCAACAACGUGAUCCUGCGCAAGCACCGCAACAUGGUGGUCAAGGCCUGCGGCUGCCACUGA